AUGCAGCCGACUGCGUCCCCCUCUGCCUCCCCAUCUAUGUCCCCCUCUCUGUCUCCCUCUGUUUCCCCCUCUGUGUCCCCCUCUGUGUCCCCCUUCACGAGGCGACACACGCUUCCCGCCAGCGAGGUGCGGCCGCUCAACACGCAGGACGCCAUCAGUGUCUUCGAGAUCGAGAGGGAAGCUUUCAUCUCCGUGUCCGGGGAGUGUCCUCUGCACUUGGAUGAAGUGCGUCACUUCCUGACGCUGUGCCCGGAGCUCUCUUUGGGCUGGAUCGAGGAGGGACGUCUGGUCGCCUUCAUCAUCGGCUCUUUGUGGGACCAGGAGCGGCUCGCCGCGGACGCUCUGACGCUGCAUAAGCCUCGUGGUCACGCCGUGCACAUUCACGUGCUCGCUGUGCACAGAACGUUCCGGCAGCAGGGGAAGGGCCCCAUGCUGAUGUGGCGUUACCUGCAGUACCUGCGCUGCCUGCCGUACGUGCGCCGCGCCGUGCUCAUGUGCGAGGACGUCCUGGUCCCAUUCUACCAUAAGUCUGGCUUCAGGUCCUUGGGACGCUGCGCCAUCACCGUGGGCGACCUCAGCUUCACCGAGAUGUGGGCCCCCAUCAGUGGCCACGCCUACAUGCGCCGCAACAGUGAGGCCAUCCGCUUCCCACAGGGCCUCAGCCUGCAGCCCCUCGGGGCCCCUACCCUCAGUACAGCCCUGCUGCAGACCGAGGAGACCAGCGAGACCAGCGAGACCAGCGAGACCAGCGACUACCCUCUGACGCUGCAUAAGCCUCGUGGUCACGCCGUGCACAUUCACGUGCUCGCUGUGCACAGAACGUUCCGGCAGCAGGGGAAGGGCCCCAUGCUGAUGUGGCGUUACCUGCAGUACCUGCGCUGCCUGCCGUACGUGCGCCGCGCCGUGCUCAUGUGCGAGGACGUCCUGGUCCCAUUCUACCAUAAGUCUGGCUUCAGGUCCUUGGGACGCUGCGCCAUCACCGUGGGCGACCUCAGCUUCACCGAGAUGUGGGCCCCCAUCAGUGGCCACGCCUACAUGCGCCGCAACAGUGAGGCCAUAUAUAUACAGUAA